UUAAGUCGCUUGGUUACUCGCUUAUGUGAACACCAAACGGGGACUACUUUCAAAACAACCUACUCCAACUCGGAUUUAAGUUGAAUUUCAAUGAAAACACUGGCACGGGCGCUCAAACUGCUGUGCGCCUCUGGAUCUGACAGUCCAAGUUGAGGAGCAGUAUGGCGACCCCCUCUACAUAGCCAUGUGUUGUGGUAAACAUGAUCCCACUAAGUGUUCAUGUAUCCUGUAGUAAUGGUUUGGCAGCAGUGAGAAGCACCCACCCCCUGCCUGUAUCAUGGUGUAAGUGUGUGUGACCAGGUCAGAAAGAUGGCCUCCAUGGUUGCCAGUGGAAACCGAGAUGGGCCGUCCGUGGUUCUGAACGGGGUGGACCCAGAGACAUGCAUGAUUGUGUUCAAGAACCACUGGGCCCAGGUGGUGAAGAUUCUGGAGAAGCACGACCCCCUCCGUAACACCUCCUCCUUGAACGUCCUGAACCUGGGUUCUUCCUCUGGCGGCUCCCCCCGCUUUGGUGCAAUCCCCGGAGAUGAGGCCAGCGCAGUGCAGAACUAUGUGGAGCACAUGCUGUUUCUACUGAUCGAGGAGGACUGUGGCCAACCCGGAGCUAUGGGACCCAUCCUGGAGUUCGUCAUUAUGGAGAAUGUCAUGGAACGCCUUUUUGUUUGGAGUCUACGCCGAGAAUUCACAGAUGAUAUGAAAUUAGAACAGUUAAAAAUGUAUGAGAUGUUGGUUGGCCAAGCACGUCAACCUUUACUACAUCACAAGCCGAUUUUACGUCCGCUGAUGAUGCUGUUGUCUUCCUGUUCAGGAACUGCAGCCCCACAAGUGGAGGCAGAACUAGUGCUUUUGUUGAAUCAGUUGUGUUGCGUUUUGGCUAAAGAUCCGUCUGUUUUGGAGUUGUUUUUUCACACCAGCGAAGAUCAGGGGGCCACCAACUUCCUGAUCUUCUCACUGCUCAUCCCCUACAUCCACAGGGAGGGGACAGUGGGACAGCAGGCCCGGGAUGCGCUCCUCCUCAUCAUGUCUCUGUCUGCAGAGAACCAGAGGGUGGCAAAGCACAUAGCGGAGAAUACUUUUUUCUGUCCAGUCCUAGCCACAGGUCUAAGUGGUCUGUACUCCUCUCUGCCCACCAAACUGGAGGUGCCCAACGAGGAGUGGCACUGCCUGCACAAAGAGGACUGGCUCCGGAUGCCCGCUCUUGUCCAGUUCCUCAACUCUCUGGAAUUCUGCAACGCCGUCAUCCAGGUGGCCCACGUGGAUAUCAGAGAUCAGCUUGUCAGCUAUAUCUAUAAUGGCUUCCUCGUGCCUGUCCUCGCACCAGCACUACACAAGAUGACCCUGGAGGAGGUAAUGACCACAACAGCAUACCUGGAGCUGUUUAUCAGGAGUGUGUCAGAACCAGCCCUGCUCCAGACCUUCCUCUCCUUCAUCUUGCUGCAUCGCUAUGAGAAUGUGCACAUCUUAGAUACGCUGGUCAGCCGCAUCAAUACGCCCUUCCAGCUGGGCACAGUAUCACUUGCACUUUUCCGCACCCUCAUCGGCUUGUACUGUGAAGAUGUCAUGUUGCAGCUCAUAUUGAGAUACCUGAUCCCCUGUAAUCACAUGAUGUUGAGUCAGAGGCGUGUGGUGAGGGAGAGAGACUGCUACUCUGUGUCGGCAGCUAAGAUCUUAGCACUAACGCCGUCCUGCUGCUCCCCGGACAAAAGCCCUCCACCUUUAAGACAGCUUGAGUCUAUACUGUUCUCCAAGGGCCCCGAGGCAUCAGACAAAAUUGAAAGCUUCUCAGAUGAUGACGACGGCAUGGGGAACUCCUGCAAAAUCGGCUCAGAGAUCUACCUGGAUGUGAGCUACCUUCACUACCUCUACGAUGCACGCCUCAGCAUCAGCAGCUGUCUGCGGGCAUGCCAGGUCUGGUCAGCACCCUAUGACGGCCAGGACCCGCCGCCGGACAAGUUCCAGGCCGGGGUACUGGAAGAGCCGCUACUCAAAACCAAGCAAAUUAAUAUUAAGAAAAUCCAGCAACCAGUCCUGCCUAGGAGACCACCACCAUCAACUAGUGACUCGACAGCUGCCAUUUUGGAGCUGGAAUGGGAUGAUAGUUACGAUGCCUGCCCGGUGCAAAGUUCAGAGGUGACUGUGGAAGAAAAAACUGUUCUACCAGAAGUUGAGCCACCAAAACACAUACAAGAAAUGCGGCGAACGGCGAUAAUGCUUGUCAAAGAUUCGUACAUAGAAGAAUCAGAGUUCCAAGAUGAUGUUAUGGUGUACAAUUUGGUCGCUAAAAAAGACAGCCAAGACGUAGAAAGAACUAAACAAAAAUUAUCUGAGUCAGAAGAUUCAGCAGUGGUGGAUAUUAAAAAAGUGGUGAAAGGUAGUGACGUGAAAAAGGAUUGUAAUUCGAAUCAUAAAAGCUCCACAUCGGAAAUGGCGGAGGAUCUGCUGGCCCAGUAUGAGGACUUGAUCCGGACUUUGGACCCAGAGGCAGGGGAGAAGACUGGGGGAGCGGAGGGAGAGGGGGAGAAAAGGGUGGAGGAGGAAAGAGAUGAUGGAGAGGAGGAAGAGGAGAUGGAUUUUAGUUCAUUCGCAGCAGAGACGCCAGAGUCUGACAAACUGCAGUUUCCAUUUGGGCCUAAGCUGAGGAGUGGGAGCACGAGUAAAUGUCAUUCAGUGCCGUUUACAGGGCCGUUUAUCAGUGUGCUUCUGUCCCGUCUGGAGAACAUGCUGUCAAACUCUCUCCACGUGAACCUGCUCCUGACAGGCAUCGUGGCACAGUUGGCAGCGUACCCCCAGCCGCUGCUGCGCUCUUUCCUCCUCAACACAAACCUGGUGUUCCAGCCCUCUGUGCGCUCACUCUACCAGUUUGUCCCCCAGGUUUUGGCCAUUGUGAAGAACCAGAUCGAGGAGCUGACUGUGACCAGGAAGGACUUCACUGAGAUGAUCACCACCGCCCAGCACUGGCUCCUGGCCCGGGAGACCACUUACAGAGCCACAGAAAACAAACGAAGUGCUGGCAACAGCUCCACUUCAGGCGAACCAGGCCUGCUCCUCCAGAACUCUCCUCCCCCCAAACCUAAGGCUAUCUCCUUGGACCGCACGGAGGUCUUUGCUACCGUCCUCUUCUCUGAGUUCCUCAAAGAACUGGCCGCCAUUGCUCAGGAACACUCUAUCCUAUCCUACAUUCCCAUGGAGGAAUGAGCACGUCCAUCUCACUUGUAAAAAGACUGAUUUUGAAGAAAACUAUUUUUAAGUUACAGAGUAUUUAUUUUUCCAGACUAGAGAAUAACUUCAAUAUUUUUACAUACUGUUCAGCUAUUCAUUUUGAGAGCAACAUAUUGAGCGGUUUACAAUCUCCUUUGCAGCCAACCACCAAAGACAAUUAGAAAAAUCUAUUUAUUUAAUCUGAACUUCAGGUUUGAUUUGAAAACACCAGCCUCAUUCGCACAAUGAAAUCUAAUAUUGAUACUUAGCAGUAACAUCAUGCUGGGAGUGUUCUGCCUGUAUGUUUAAGACAAAAUGAGCAGUUCUCUGGUGACAUAAUGUACACGUGAGCAAACACUACCAAGAAAGUUUUAAGACUGUCUGAAAACUCAAGAAAAAAUACGUCAAAAAAUAACCUCACCUGUUGUAGUUCCAGCUACUUCAGCUAAAGUCUAACUUGAGUAACAGAGCUUCAGACAGAACAGAGCCUACAGGUAGCAUCACACCCCCAAGGCAACAUUGAUGGCAUCAGCUGCAAUCACUGAGGCUGGUGUACGGAUGAGGGCUGCUUUUAAUUUUGGCAGAAUUGUUUUAUAUUUGGUCAUCAUAAUAAUCUUGAAUUUUUUUUGUUUUGUUUUGUUUAUUUGGAGGGUAAGCCCCGCCAAUUCUUGUCAACGUUGCACAAUCCCUAUAUUUAAUGGAAGCAGCCCAAACCAUUUCUGUGCAUUAACUGCAUUUCUGUAUUGUCUUUUUCUAAACUUGGGUGACUUAGGAGUUCCUCAAAUAACAGCCUUGGAUGUAAGCAACAUCCCAUAAUACGAAGUGUCUUGUUGCACACAUUGGUACGACUGAUAAAACGCCCUUAUGCCUUAUUGCUCUGUACUUUCAUUUACAGAAGAAGACUAUGCAAAUCCCUUGUGUUGGGUAUAACACUAUAACUAAAGUGUGUGUAUUUUCAGAAUGGGAAUGGGGUAUUUAAUACGUUUCUAUUGCCACAUUUUUCAAAUUAUUGUAUCUGUUAUGUUGUCUUAUGUUAUUGUAAAUAAUAAUAAUAAUGACCAUCAUAUUCCAUAGAAGUAUGCUUAGUGAUAAAGCGUGGUUAUUUCAAUUUACCUAAACAAAACCAUGAAACUAGUGCAUUCAUUCUUGAUUUAGUUUUGAAAGGGCAAUAAAAUAAUAUUUUCUACUGGGUAGUUAGGUUCAAUUGAGGUGAUUGUUUCCUUGCUCCUGUAAAAAAUAAUGCAUUUUUUUAUGGGGCAGAAAAUCUUUUUAAUGGAGAAUAAAACGAUCCAAACCCUAAGCCUGUAAAAGUAAUGCUUUUUGUAGGGGUAAAUAAGUUAAGUUCUUUUCUGUUAAGUUCCGUAAGGCCAUUGGUUUGAUUCUGAAAUGUUGUUUCUAUGUUCUGGAUGUCUGAGAAGCACCAGCAAGCAUUUGUCUUUGAAUAAACCCUUUGGUUCAAAAUGGUG